UCUGUCAAGUGGUUUUGUUAAGUGUCUCAUUAUUUACAUCAUCCAUCUCACAUUAACUAACAACAAUACUGUUAUACAGUUGAUUUCUGUUAAAAGGUUAAACAAUUCAUCAAAAAAAAAUUUACCAAAGUGGAUUAAUAAAUUUCUUUUGCAAUUUUAUAUUUGGUUUCAUUAAAAAAUAUUUAUUUUUUCAAGUAAAAAUCAACAAAGACCAAAAUGUCUAUUCCUGGUGAUGCUAUAAGAACUGCUGAAAGACUAUUUUCCAAAACAAAAACAUUUGAAGAUAAAAUUGAAGUGGCAUGGAACUCAAUUGUUGGUCCAUAUUUUGAAGAAAAUAGUGAUAAAAUUGAUAAAAAGGUUAGUUACUCAAAGUUGUGGAGAGAAAUUGGUAACAAAGUAUACACUACUGCGAAAAAUGAAGAUUAUUUACGCAAGUCAAUCGAAGCAUACACCAAGAGCAUCGCUUAUGCACCAGUUGGAUCCGAAGAAUUGUCAUUGGCUUAUGCAAAUCGUUCAGCUGUAUUGUUCAGGGCAAGACUCUAUGAAGAUUGUCUUCUCGACAUUGAACGUUCAUUAGAGGCAGGCUAUCCUGAUAAUUUAAAAACAAAAUUAUAUGUUCGUCAAGCAUUGUGCUUCAAGGCCUUGAAACCAAACUCAAAACUUGAAACAGAUAUUCCAAUGGCCAGUGCAAAGCAAUGGCUACCUAAUUUAAAAAAAAACAAUCCAAAUUACAACAUCAAAGAUGAAUUUUUAAAAAUGAUGAAUCAACUUGAAGAACCUCGUGAUACAAACAUUGUUAAAUUCACUCCAAUAAUUAAAAAUAAUAAUUCAAUAAUAGCUGGUGGAUCUGAUGCAAUUAAAUUAAAAAAAACAAAUGAAAAUAAACAGUAUAUUGUAACAACAAGAGAUAUUAAAUCUGGUGAAUUUAUUUACAUCAAUAAACCAUUUGAAAUGAGUACUUGUGAUGAUAAACGUUACAACACUUGUUGGCAUUGUUGUCGUCAAACGUUGGCUGGUGUACCAUGUGACAAAUGUCCAAGUAUAGUAUUUUGUUCACAAGAAUGUAAAGAUAUUGCUUGGAAUGAAUACCAUGAUCUUGAAUGUCAACUUUUAAAUUUUUCUAUGAAAUUAGAAAUGAGUAUUGGAGACGAUUGGCAAUUCCAAUUAACAAUUAAAAUUUUAUCAAAAGCACUCAAAACUGCUGGUGGUAUUGAUGAAUUGAAUAAAAAAAUUAAUGAUGUUGAUUCAAUGAAAGAUAAAUCAAUGAUUUAUACUGAUGGUAUUUUUGAGUUUAAUACUAUUGAUAAUUUUCAUCGUCUUGAUUAUUGCAAGCAAACAUAUGAUGAAUGUUCAUUACCUCGAGUAGUUCGAAUUCUGGAAACUGUAUUAAUGUUUGGUCUUGAAACAAAUAUAUUUGGUCAAAAAAUGGAAAUUGCUGAAAUUUAUUCAAACAAACAAUCAACAAUUUUAGGAGGUUUGAUACUCAGGUAUUUUAUGAUUGUCAAGCACAAUGUUGUUUAUUGCAAUGAUGAUAUAUCAAAAGGGGAGUCGUUGGUUCAUGCUAUUAUAAUGCCAUUUAAACACAUGUUGGUACAGAAUUGUGAUCCUCAUGUCAACUGGUACAGCUAUGAAUCGAAUGUUGCAGUUUUAGCUGAACGACCAAUCAAAAAAGGAGAAAAAAUAUGUGUCUCAUCAGUUGGAUGUUACCAGCACGUAACAUUAUCUGAACGUCGAAUCAAAAUGGCGUUAUCUAAUCUUCCACCAUGCAAAUGUCCAGCAUGUGUACAAGAUUUACCACUGAUGGAAUAUCUUCCAUCUUAUAAGAGUUUGAACUUGUCGAAUAAAAUUCAAAGAGAAUUCGAUCGUUUCAUGGUUAAAUUAGCUGAUUAUCUUGAGCUUAUUGAUGAAGGAGAUGCCGAAAAAUUGCUUAAAAUAAAAGACACUUUGGCUGAAAUGUCUAAUAAAUUUUAUCAACACGUUACUCUACCUUGCCAAGAAGCUUCUGUAUUUUCACAGUUACUGAGAUUUAUGUAUCAUCAACUCUCUAUUCCACGUUGCAUUAUUUAAUAUACUAUAAUUAUAAUUAUAAUUUUUUUAAGAAAAAGAAAAAAA